GUUGAGCAGGGCAUAAAAACUUUCCCCUGCUCUCGUUGCCGGUGAACACCGUCUUCCCAAAAUGCACUUUUACUAUGAACUAAUUCGUUCUGCUCUGACCCCUGACCCUGAAUCUAUAUGAUUUCUUUACAGUUUUAUUGAACAUUACAUAAUACAAAGGAGAAACGGUAUCCAAUAAGAUAAAGUGAACAGAGAUAAUAACAAAUCUGAACAAAAUAAGAUACAUUUUUACCUACAUCUGGUGCGUUUUUGGUGAAGUUCAAGUAAUAUUGCGUUUCCACCUUAUAAACAUUAAAGGAGGGAGCAGCAUUAGACAGUUCAGUGAAAAAGACGCCAAACCAGCGACGGAGAAGAAACAGCAACUUAGACGUGCGCGUUUGUUCUACUUGAACAAACAGUUUCAUUGCGUUUGUUUUACUUAAACACAACCCUUCACGUUUCCUCAAACGUUCUUUCGAAAAGACGAGCUUUCAGCAGCAACACCGGUGUCAAGGUGAGGCAGACUGCGGACGGCCUGCCGCCGGACCCCGCAGGAGCGCUCCGAGAACCGGGCUCUGCCUGCCAGCUGCACGCCGGGCGCCCUGUUGCAUCAGCUCGGCGCUCCCCUAGUGGAGUCUGCGCAGCCGGCGGCGCUGCCCGCGAGAGGCCCACGUCAGUGCACGAGCCCCGGCCGGCCAAUCAGAGGCGGCCACACUGUGUUUUGAAGAUUCCUCCCCCCGGAGAUAAACCUGCCGGAACAGCCCGCACACCUCCAGUCAGAGCUGAGCGGCACUGCGCUUCACUGUUUGACAGCUAACUCCGAGGUGGGGGGAGGGAGAUAGGAAAGAAAGUUCUAUUGUUUUGUCCGCUGACGGUUGCGAGGCUCGUCCUUUACGGAGUGUAUUCGGGGUAACGUCCUUCUCUCGCACGCCGAAGACCGAGGACAGGGAUGGACGGACCGUCUCCGCCACAGGAGACCCUGACCCUGAUCGUCAAGACGCCGAACCAAGCCCACGGAGACCGGGCCGUGGAGGGAGUGCAGCCCAGCUGGACGGUCGGGCAGCUGAAGUCGCACCUGUCAGGAGUGUACCCGGGCAGCCCGCCUGAGAAAGACCAGCGGCUCAUCUACUCCGGGAAACUGCUGCCAGACCACCUGCUCUUGAGAGACGUCUUCCGGAAGUCAGACACCACACCAACCCUUCACUUAGUCUGUGCCUUCAAGCCUCCGGGCUCACAACACGGAUCCCAGCCUAAGGCUGCGGGAGCCGAGGCGUGUGUGCAGUCUGUGCCCCGUGCGGCUGGCCAGGCCGCGGGCGCAGCUCCUCCUGGGCCCAGCGGAGACGGAUUACGGCACAGAGGGAGUGCUGGAGGCGUGCCUUCUGCCUGGACAAGCCCUGCAAUGCUGGGGGGAGCGGAUGUGCGUCGUCCUGCGUACUCGGUGUACAGCCCUCAGCAGCUCCUCUGGCUGCAGCAGAUGUAUGUCAGGCAGUACUACAUGCAAUAUCAGGCGGCUCUGGCUGCUGCCUCCUCCCAUGUGGCCCCCAGUGGCCCCUCCCUGCCUGUCGUCACGCCGGCUCCUGUACCCCUGGCUAAUCAGGCCCCCGCUGACAACCUCCCAGCCAAUCAGAACGCUCCGCAGCCCCCGCUCAUCAACCCGGGAGCCAAUCGGAACCUGCGGAUGAACGCCCAGGGCGGCCCGGUGAUGGAGGACGAGGAGGACGUGAACCGUGACUGGCUGGACUGGGUGUACACCGCUGCCCGUUUCUCGGUCUUUCUCAGUAUCCUGUACUUCUACUCCAGCGUGAGCCGCUUCGUGCUGGUGAUGAGCAGCCUGCUGAUCAUGUACCUGCACACAGCAGGCUGGUUUCCCUUCAGAAGGAGAGCUGUGCAUCUGGACCCGAACCAUGCCCAGCCUGCUGAGGCCGUUGAGAACCAGCAGAACCGGAACGCAGGAAGGCCACCGGAGGAGCUGCUCGGCGAGGAGCAGGAGGGGGCGCCCCUGCCGGCGGUGGACGCGGAACCCCAGAGGGUCACGCUCAUGGGCACCGCCUGGGUCUUCUUCAAAGCCUUCUUCUCCUCCCUGAUUCCUGAGGGACCCCAGGCCAUCGGCAACUAGGAGACCCCCGCUGUGCUGAUGCCCCAGUUCUGAGGGCGUGGAUCGACGCUGGACAGGAAAUGAGCACAGGAAGUUUCCAGUGUUCGAAGAGUUUUCCCUUCUGUUUAGGAGCUCUCUUUUUUUUUUUGCCUUGAAUGUUCUUGCUCACGAGAAGCCACGGAUACCAGCUGUUCUGUACAAAACUUCAGAUGUAUAUUCUGUAAAUAUGUGUGGGGAAUGGAGAGGAGUUCUCCUGUAUAGACUGAGCACUUUAUGUACUUAGCAGAUCUGUUUUGUGAUGCUUUAUUCUUAAAGCCUUUGUACAAGAGCUUUUUUUUUAUUGCACAAUAUGUUCUUAGAGCUUCCUGGCAGAAAAUCCUGUGCAAUCUGAACAUUGUUCAUAUUUCUACAAGAUGUUGUUAUUCAGUCGGUUAAAUUAUGAUUACCCUGUGGGAAGGAAGAGUGUUGUGAAUGGAAACGGCCUCCAUGUCUCUGGCAAAAUGUUUUCCCAUGUUCUUCAGGGCUGCUCGUACGGUUACUGGAAAAGACUGAUGGCGCUGAUCUCGCCUGUGCCUCUUCUUGGACCGUGUCAGCCUGCAACAUUUGCAGGAAGGAAUGAGGUCUUUUGACGAAUGAAUCUGUACAUGUUGUAGAAAAGGCAUGUUAAAUCUAUAAAUCUGUUUUUUUUUAUCUGUGUAUAUAUCAAAAUGUGAUAUAUACUUGAAAGUACAAAUCUUAAUUCCUUUUGGGAUAGUUUCUUUAAAAACGCAUACACUGAGUGUAAUUCAGAGGCGUUGCCAGCAUAAUGUAAUACCACUGAUUAAACUGCUUGUUCUGUUAGACCAGUUUGGUGGCUGAUGCAAUAAUGAUACUUUAUACAUUUGUGAAAUAUAUUCAAUAAAGGGCAUUUCUUCCUA